ACCGAGAAAGCAACUGGAGGGUGCAGAGAGAGGGAGAAAGAAGGAGAAGGCACAUCCUCGGUCAGAGAAAAGAACGAUAAAUACAUUUUGGGGACACGAUUUGUUUAAAAACGACUGCUUAAUCAGACCAUACAUAUUGUGUGAUUCCGAUCAAAUUGUGCAGGUGAUAAUCGAGAUUUGAAACGGUGGGUUGUCUUGGUUUAUGGUUGAAGACAGAAAAAAGGGGACACCGAAAAAUUGGAUCAACAUCAACGUAACAUGGAAUUUCCGAUGGCCCAAGAGACUAAGCCAAGCCUGACGCCUGUGCUUUGUACCACUGGCUGUGGUUUCUAUGGCAACCCCAGGAACAACGGCAUGUGCUCGGUCUGCUACAAGGAGCACCUGAACCGUCAGCAGAGUAGUACCCACAGCUUGAGCCAACUUAGUCCAAUGGGAACAGUUGGUAGUCCUACCCCUGAUGCCUCAGCCAUCCAGCGACUAGAGGCCAGUCUAGCCAAAGUAGACCCUUCAUCUGGCUCUGCUGCAGACAUGGCUAGAACUAUUCAAGGCUCUCUUCCAGUGACUCAACAAAUGACAGAGAUGAGCAUCUCAAGAGAGGAUAAAGCAGAGCCUGUUGUGACUGAGCCUACUGCUUCUAGCCCUGCCACUGGUGACGAGGCUAAGGGAGACACCCCCAAUCCCAAGAAGAAUAGGUGCUUCAUGUGCCGCAAGAGGUUGGGCCUAACAGGGUUCGAUUGUCGCUGUGGGAACCUGUUCUGUGGGGUCCAUCGGUACUCCGACAAACACAACUGCCCUUACGACUACAAGGCGGAGGCAGCUGCCAAGAUCCGCAAGGAGAACCCUGUAGUGGUCGCCGACAAGAUUCAGAGAAUAUAGGGUUAAGAACCAUCCACACAAAGACUGAAGUAUGAUUGGACCCUCGACAUGAACAUUGGCAUGAGUGGCAAAAGGAUAUCGGACUCGUUUUUAAAAUCACAACCUUGAGAAAAGUGGAAGAGACCUUGCCUGAGGGGGAGAUGCAUGAACGAUCACUAUUUGUCUUGUUUUUAUUUUUAUAAUAUAUUGUUUGUUUUUCCUGUAUCUUUGCCGAUAUUCAGUUUGUCUUUUAAAAAGAAGCCCAGGGUACCUGUUGAUGAAACUUAGUGAAUGUUGGCGAUGGAUAGAAAUGCCAUAAAUCGAGCCAACAUGAUCCACCCCCCCCCUCAACAUGUCAGGCAUGUCUGUUCUGCAGAACCUAUUUCUAUCUGGAUGUUCCAUCACAACGUUGUGCCCCACUGAAUACAGCCCCUGAGCUGUUUGGCCACUGUUGCCAAAUGGACAUUUUGUCAGAAGUUGUAUUCACGUGCAGUAUCCCCACACGUUCAGUUGUUGCCAUUUCUCCUCUCCGUUCAUAUCAGUUGGUUGGGUCAGUUGUCUGAAAGGUAUGACCUCUCGAACUGCAAAGCUGUUCCAAAAUGCAUGUGGUUAUUGUUUCAGAAACUUCUGUGACUGCUUCCUUGCCACAGUGCUCUCUCACAGCUGCUACCCUAGCGUGCAUGCAAUUGCAAACAUAUUCAUGGGAAAACAGCUGUUCACUAAUGUGUUGAACACAAAAGGCUACAUGGAGGGCUCUGUCUGUACACAGUGUUGUACCCUUGCAUGACAAAGACACCUAAGCUUCUCAAACCUGCCUACCUCGCAGCAGGACAUGUCUCCUUAUCACAUUGUGUGUGUGAAGCCUUCUCUUAUCACUCUGUUAUUGCCAGGUGAGGGGGUUACCUUGAUAGGCCAUUUUUAGGUAACCUGGUCAUCGGGCACCGUUUCCUUUUGAUCAAGUCAUUAUUUUGACUUUCAUUGUAAGAGGUGUGAGAACGGGGACUAAAACGCUUAAUUAACCAGCUGUCAUGUGGAACUGAACUUUAUCAGAAUCUCCCAACUGGCUCUCAUGCAGACGGUUGCGUACACUGACCCUGGUGCACUACCCGUCUAUUUUAUCUGAUAUAUGGGGGUAUGAAUGGGAUAGCGCAACCCAUGCAAUUAUGUAAAAUAUCUGAAUGAAUUGCCAUCACUCGACUAGUGCUAGGUCUUUAUUUUUUAUCCUCAGACAUUUAUAUUUACUGACAUUAGCACAUGUAUUCAGUGUAGUUGUGGAGUUAGGCUAUGUGAGCCAGCCAUGCUUGUGUGUGUUAAGAGCGAGUGAGCACAUGGUUGUCAGUGUGUGCCCCCCCACCUUAGUCUGAAGCAAUAUGGGUUAAACAGCACAAGCUACAGGAGCAUGCUAGAGGUACGGUUUGAAAAACAGAUUCCAGAGUUAGACAACUUCCUUUCAGCUUUCUAUCCACUAUGGGUCUGUGUCGAUCUUAUUUUUGUUCUCCUGUAGGGAUGUGAGGUCUACUUUGUUCUCCCCCCUUUUGAUUGUUCGUUUUAUAUGCAAAUUUGUACAAAACGUAUUACAUAUCUUGCUACCCAGCAUUACAGCAGCAUUGUAUCAUGUAAAUAAAGACUGUACAGAGACAAUA